UUUACGUCAUGCAGGCCUUUAGUUUCUUUUGCUUUGUUUAGGGAACCGGUAAAGUGAUAAAUUAUUCUAUUUGGCACGGAUAGUUCCACUUUUCAUCUACGAAAAUAGUUCUAGUUUAAACUGAGCGAGACCAGCCUUAAGGAAAACUAAUCAAGGAAUGAAUAAGUAAUGGAAGGUUCGUUAUGUUGCAAAUUGGCAAGGAGCAACCUACGACUAUGCUGACAGCAAGUAAAUUGGGUAUGGCAGAAGAUGAAGCAGAACUUCUCUCAAUUGCUGCAAUUUAUGACCAGAUAGACAUUUUGAAUGACCUACUAAAUGCUGAAGUGCAUGGCUCUGUUGAUAGCAGAGAUCAGUGGGGCUUGACUCCACUCCACCAUGCUGCUCGCAAUGGAAGUCACAAAUGCGUAGAGCUGCUGCUCCAGCGAGAAGCUGACCCAGAUGUCUGCUCACAUAUCGAAGACAACUGUAGUACACCUCUUCACCAUGCUGCAAAAAUAAAAAGCCUGCACUGCAUCCAGCUUUUGCUGGAUUAUGAUGCAAGUCUUGAUGUCAGAAACAUCAAUGGGGAAACUGCAAUGGAUAUUCUUGAGCAACAAGGAGAUGCCCAUGAGUGUAUUGCAUACAUCAAUUCUGUCAUUGAAAGGCGGAAAAUUGAGCACGAGGAGCAUAAACGGGAAGAGCUCUAUGAUGUUAUUCAGGCAGGGUCGUACGAGCAAGCAAAGGCUGUUCUUGAAUCUCUUGAAAACAAACCGGAUGCAAUCAACCGCUAUUACAGAGGCCCAAACACGCUGCUCUUUAAAGCGAGUCAUGGCGGACAUUCUGAUGUCGUGGAACUUCUUCUUGAUAAUGGUGCAAACGGGAGACCCAAUGGUGGGGCUGGGUACACACCGCUUUAUGGAGCAUGCUACGCAGGUCAUUUAGAUGUUGUAAAAAUUCUCGUCGAAAGAUUGCCAAAUUUACUGAUGCAACCGACGGAAACAGACAGAUCUGUACCACUUCAUGCUGGCAUCUUUGGGGGCAAGAUUCAAGUCCUUAAAUAUUUGCUGAGUUUGCGUAAAAAAGUUGAUAAUGAAGACCUGAACAACCCUCCGAAGAGAAGAAGCAUCGAAAGUUCAAGGAAAAAUAGUGCCAAAGGACAAGACGACCAAUUGAAGAUGAAGAAUGACACUUCGAUCUUGGAUGUCAAUUAUCGGAACGCAGAAAAUGUAUCUGCCUUGCACCUUGCAGUUGAUCGCGAGAACAAAGAAGCAGUUCUAGAGCUGUUGAGCUGCAAGCCUAUCCUGAAAGGAUCCGUCCCGUAUGUCCACCCGUCUUGCCUGCAGAUUGACAUUCCUGGACCAAAUGGGGAAACCCCCCUGAUUUACGCAAUUCAUCACAAAAAUGUGGAGAUUGCGCGUAUGCUUCUCCUCAACGGCGCUGACCCAAAUCGAACUGAUCCGGAUUCUCAAGUAAUGACUCCAAUUCAGACUGCUUGCUGGGCCAAUAGUAAGGAAAUGGUAAAGCUUUUGCUUGAUCACGGAGCAAACCCCAAUCUUUGCAAUCCGGAAAAGCCAGCUUUGAGUCCUCUGUGUAUUUCUUGCUCCAUAGACAGUAGUUCGAUUGUGAGGUUGCUGUUAGAAUUUGGCGCCAAAGACCUUACCAAUAUUGCAUGUACUGAAGCCGUGAAGCAUAACCGUGAUCACAUUGUAGAAUUGCUCUUAGAAAGAGGUGUUUUUGAGGAGACUGACGCUAAACUGCAAGAUGCAGAAGCUAAUUUUACAUCCGUUAGAAUCAUUUGGAACAAGCGUAACCUAACUGAACUGAGAAAAAAAUGGAUUGUUAAUUCAGUCGUUCGGAAAAACAUGAACUUGUCUCCUGGAAAGCCACUCUCGCCCGCAAAAUUUACGAAGAUAAGUGGCGAUGUUGUUUUUACUUUGGUCACAAAACUCGAUUUAUCGGGUAACGAGCUCAGAAACAUCCCAGUGGUGGUGUUUCAGCUCCCAAAGCUUACAAAACUUACGUUGUCUGAUAAUAAAAUAGAAAGACUGCCAUGUCCUGACAACAUGCCUAAGCCGCCUGAAGGUGGAAAAGAUCAAAACUCUAAUGGGAGUUCAAAAAGUCAGGAAAUGAAUGGAUCUUUAGGUAAAUCAAGUUCUGGAACGCGUGCGAGACCGACAAGUUGGUCAGCUCCAGCUAAAGCGCGAAACUCAUCGCAGUCAGGCCGGCCUGUGUCCGAAUAUGCCCCGGAAAGAAUCGAUGGCUGUCAUAUUGAAGAGGAAGGAAGGAUAGCAAAGGAGGAGGUCGUUUGCGCAGAAGGUUCAAGCAAUGCAAGCUGGAAAUGGAACUGUCCGCUGCUGGAAGAACUGGAAAUCCAUAAAAAUGAAUUGACGUCUUUGCCAACAUGUUUGUUUAGCUUGCCUAGUUUGAAGGUUUUGAAUUUGUGCAGAAAUAAUAUCAAAGAACUGCCACUAGAUUUAUGGUCUGCGCCCAGUUUAAAAGAUGUUCUUUUACAAGGGAAUCAACUGACUGCUCUACCCUCACAUCCAAGUUCGCGGUACAGGCAAAGGUUUUCAAAGUCAGACAGACAGGCUUCAACAGAUGAGGCGGACGCCCGGCGAUCGAUGUCUGUUGAUAAAGAAUUCUUAGGAUCAGUAAAAAGCAAGCGGCCUUCCUGGGAUGGCGAAAGCAGCGAUGAGUCGGAAGAAGAAGAAGAAACUGGCGAAAAGUGCGGUAUUACCAAGAUAGACAUCUCAGACAAUCCAGAUGUGGCUGCCCUGCCAGUUAAUUUGCCAUGUCUCGCACCAAACCUUUUUAAACUAACCGCAGCCGGCUGCUCUAUUCAGGGAGCCAUCGUUUUAUCUCAGUUGCCACCAUCUUUAACUAUGCUUGAUUUGAGCAGAAACCAAAUCACCAAAGUCGAUUUAGGUGGAGACGAGGCUGACACAGAUCGCGUUUGCUACAGUACAUUUCACGCGACGAUGAAGAAAAGUAUAUCCGCCCCUGUCCUUCAGAGCCGAAAUGCCAAGCAGAAAAGGUUCUGCAGUCACCGAUCACAUAGAUUUUUAUCAAACCUCAGGAAUCUUAACUUAUCACAGAAUAAUUUAGAAAGCUUAGUAUUUUUAUCCUGUCUAAAGGAACAAACGAAGGUUGAAACGUUUGACUGCGUUUUUCCGGAUCUUCAAACUUUAAACUUGGCUAACAAUGUCUUGAAAAAUGUUCCCGAGCAUAUUGGUAAACUGCCAAAACUGCUUUGUCUUGAUGUUAGUGGAAAUCCAAAAAUCGACACACUUCCGCCUGAACUUGGACUAUGCUCACAACUCUACGAUCUGAAGUUCAAUGCGGCAUAUAUUCGUGACCCACCUCGAGCGAUAAUUGAAAAGAAGAAUGGCAAAGGGCAGCUGGAUGUUCCAUAUAUUCGUAAUUUUCUAAAAGGAGUCUGCAAGCAAUCGAGACCGUAUCCAACGAUCAAACUGAUGCUUGUGGGCCAAAGCCGGAAGGGCAAGUCAACCUUGCUGCAAAAACUGCGAAGAGAAGGAACCGGUGCCUUUCUUGAUCCGGAAUUUCCACAAAGAUUUACGGAACGAAUGAGGGAUGAACCGCUGAACCCAAGUGGAAGGUCAAACCACAACGAAUCAACCGUCGGGGUGGAUGUAUGUGAUUGGACAUACCAGAGACGACAGCUGAUUGGAGGAAAUCUUGGACCGGAAAUAAAAUUCAUUACAUGGGAUUUCGCUGGGCAGGAUGAAUAUUACGCAACCCACACCUGUUUCAUUUCGCGAAGAGCAAUUUAUCUUUUGAUAUGGAAGCUGACCGAUGGGAUAAACGGAAUCGACCAAUUACAAGGCUGGCUUCUUAACAUCCAGGCACGUGCUCAUGACUCUACUGUCAUCAUUGUUGGAACCCAUUACGAUGAAAUUCCCCCGGCGAAUCGCAAGCAAACUGUAGAUGAAUACAGAAGCAUUUUAUACUCACGUUAUGUUUCCGAAAAACUUGGCGGGGGUGUACCCAGUAUGGCAGAAAAAGGUCUUCCUAAAGUGAUUGAAGUUACUGAAGUAAGUUCAAAGCCAAGAAGCGAGCAUAACAUCAGAGAGUUGCGUCAUCUGAUUUACGACAAAGCAUUGUCGCUGCGAGAUACUGAUGAUGGUUAUCUUUUGGAAGCCCCUGUUCCGGCAAGUUACCUAGAGCUUGAAAGGGCCGUACUUGCGAUAGCAACUAGAUUGCGCAAGCAGAAAAAGUAUCCCGUGUUGGACAAGAAAAAAUUCAAGGCAAGUGUGCAGGAAGAAAUCGAUGUAAACGAGCUAAAAAACUUUGGGGAUGAUGAGCUCGAUAAUGCAGUGAAGUUUCUGCAUGAUUGUGGAAUCCUGCUUCACUUCGACGGACCUGCUCUUGAAAACCUGUACUUUGUAGACCCGCAGUGGCUGUGUGAUAUGCUUGCAAACGUCAUCACAACCCGUGAUGUGAAUCCACUUAUUCGAAAUGGCGUGUUGAGGAUCGAAGACCUAAAAGGUCUGAUAUUUAAAGGCCGUCGCUUUUCAUCCGACCAUGUGAAGAAAUACAUCGAACUGAUGAACAAAUUUGAAGUUGCGUUACAGAUAUCCAAUAAUUAUCUUCUUGUGCCAUCGUUGCUACCAACAAAGCAGGGUCCGAGCCCCGCAGUGUCAAGCACAUUAAGCGAAGAGACCCGAGUCAGCAUGAAAAUGGAGGCCUAUCGGAAUAGCAGCGUUUUCAGGAGGCAAUAUCGCAUGUCCUAUGUCCCAAGUGGCUUUUGGGCCCGCUUGGUAACAAGGCUAAUUGCUGACAACCGAAUUGGAAAAGCUGUCACAUCUUGUUCUGAACUUGUGAGCCCUGACGACGUAAAUGAAGAUCAAAAGAAAAUUUACAAAGAGAGUCUGUCCGGAGCAGCAGUUCCAGAAUGGGCGUGUUGGAGAACCGGAGUUGAACUGUCCUGCUUUGGCGUGAAGCUUCUACGGGUCUGCCAACUUAAACCAGAUGAACUUUUCUUUGGCCAUGAUGGAAGAGAAUCAGACCAGGUUUUUUUGACGAAUUCAGUUUACAAGUGCAGCAGGACCCCUAUUAUUGAAAUUCUUGUUCCGGCCGCUCGAUUGUUUAUCGAGGUUGUCAACCCUGGUGAUAAAAAUGAAAAAACGCAGUUCCGAGUUGCCACAGUGAAGAACAAUUUUCCACAGACGGCGUGUGAACUACUGGUUUUGACAGCUGAGCACUUCGACAAUCUAAUGACAGACUGGUUUCCAGAUCUCGAUUUGCAAAAUAUCCACGGGGAGAAAUCAAUUCAAAGGAUUGGACUUUGUCCAGAUUGCAUAGCCGAAAAAUUAGUAACAGGUAGUUUCGAAGAAACGAGCCCGGCAGGAAGCGAAAGAGAGGCCGAAGAAGAAAAGAAAUCUGACAUUAGCCAACCUCCGGAUCAGGCUAAGGGAAAGAAAAAGAAAAUGUCAAAAGGGCGCAUGCGUGAUUCCAAGGGGGGUAAAAACUCAAAAAGGACGCAGGAAAGCAAGAAAUCGUCCAGAAAGGAGAGUACCGAAGGGGAUUAUGUGGAUAAAGGGCACCCAGAGACAAUAAAUGAGUCUGAUAAAAAUGAAAAGAAAGGAGACAGUCCUGGCCUUAAUCAGUCGGGUGAGUCAGCUUCAGGGUCAAGUAGCCAGAAUUCAGAUACUAGGGAGAGUAGAAGAAGUGCGUCAACAGAAUCAGGUGAGAGGCCUGGGAAUGAGAACAAUACAACAGAGGAUGGCGAGGAGAGACACGAGUUUGAAAAUGAUCCCACUUCAGAGCUCGAGGCACUUGCAAAAAAAAGUAUAAAUGGAUUCGAAUUUGAAGAGAUGCUAAAAAAAUCAGACUCGCACAAGGAUAUUCAAUGCGCUAUACAUGGAGUAUUGCAAUACGAACGAGUGUUUCCUGAUCUUGUUUUUUGCGAUCUUCCAAUUGGCAUGGUUUUCAACCCAGAAGCUAUCCGGACCGACAAGUUUAUCGCUGCUGGCUCGUACGGGGCGGUCUUCAAAGCUUUUCUGCAACGAAAUGAAGAGACCGUAGAAGUGGCGGUAAAAGUACCCAACAAUACCGAUGCAGGGGACACGAGAAAUGCAGACGCACAACAAGAUGCAGAGAAGAACAGAAAGCUAAAGGAGGGUGCGCCAACGUUUUUCACCACUGGAGUAUACACAACUAUUCGUCAAGAGUUAUCGAUUCUGGUUCCCGUAAGCCACAGACACGUGCUGGAUUUGAUUGGUGUUGGCCUAUCCCCACUUCGCCUGAUUGUUGAAUUCGCCACCAAUGGCAGCCUGGAUAAAAUUUUAAGCGAUUAUAAAAAAGUAGGGAAGAAACUGGAUCCCUAUACAAUGCAAAAAUGUAUCGCUCAGGUGUCAAGUGCCUUAAGCUACCUCCACGAGCAAAGCAUAAUCUACAGAGACCUUAAGUCUGAGAAUAUUUUGGUGUGGUCAUUUCCUGAGCCAGGGAGUGUAUCGGUGCAAGAUGUCAAUUUGAAGCUGGCUGAUUAUGGAAUCAGCCGGGCUGUUGUUGUUGCUGGCGUGAAAGGAUUGAUUGGUACUUCUGGUUUUAUUGCUCCGGAAAUAAUCAAGUUCCGGGGAAAAGAAAACUAUACAAAGAAGGUUGAUGUGUUUUCAUUUGGCUCUUUCAUCUACGAAUUGAUAACCCAAGAGUUGCCCUUUCAAAAGCUUGGUGGAGGGCAAGCAGACCAGAUGAUAGCAGAGGGAAAGCGCCCCAGACUUGCCACUGCAGAUAAACGAGUGCCGGUUCCUGUCCUGUCUCUUCUCUACAGAUGUUGGGAGCAAGAUCCGCAAGCACGGCCAUCGUCUUCAGAAAUUCACAACUACUCAAAUCUGCCCGAAUUUGUCCGCCUCUUCGAUGAACUUGAAUGCGAGGACUGUUUUCGCUUGCAGUGUGCUGUAACGAAAUUCAAGUCCAGCACAAACGCUAUAGUCGCCACUCUCGACGGCAAAAGUGUUGUUGGAACAGACUUAUGUCUACUGAGCAACGAUAUCAAACAAAACGAAAAAGAAGGACGCAUUGGCAACCUCACGGUCCUAAAUUACGUCGAUGGCAAAUGCAACAUCAUCAGGCGGAUGAUGUUUAAUGACAUUGUUUUGGUUGCAUGUGCUGUGGGAAGUACGCUUUGGGUCGGGAUGAAGUCGGGUGCGAUAAAAGUCUAUUGCUCUAUGACAUACAAGCCCUUGGCGCUAGCACGACCUUCUGGAAGUGGCAGUGUAAUCAGCAUGUUGCAUUCACCAGCUUGCAAUUGUGUUUUGGUAGGCCUUACGAAUGACUCAAUCAUGAGCUACAAUGAAAACAUUAGCUCUUAUAUGCACACAAUACCUCAAAAGGAAGUAUCAAAACAUUUUGGAAAUAUACUGUACCUAGAGCCGAUUCGAGAACUAAUUGCGAAUCGAGUGCAUGCUGGGAUGUCUAUUUAUAACCCCAUUCACUGCCUGGCAGCAGUUCCCAGUCGAGCAAGAAGUUACCCAAUUGAAGAGCAGAUGACCUAUUAUGGGCAUGGGGGCGAGCCGCUAGCAUCUUCAUCACGUGACCACAAAUACGGCCUGGAUGAUUACAUGCAGGAGAAUAACCAGAGACAAAGUACAAUCACGUAUGAGCUGUGGUGCGGCGUUGACAAAGGGAUCAUCAAUGUAUUCGAUCUGAACAAACUGGAAAAGGUUCACAUCCUUGCCGCUACGGGCUGUGACAUUGACAACCCAACGAUUCACGGUCACAGCGUAAAAUGCAUCGAAACACGAAGAGUGUUCCAUGAUUCUUCAACUCAAAAUACACCCUCUCCAAAGGCUGAUGAGUCAGAAUCGACUUCGGUUUGGGUAACAGUAUUCCCUGGCACCCAUGUGUACAGGUGGAAUGUUGACAACAGGAGACUGGAAGCUGAAUUAAACACGCUGACAUGUGUAACUGAGCGAGCACUGAAUUCGACCAAAGCAACUUCAAGGCAAAAGGCAAUGAAAGCUCUGCAUGCCCAAGUCAACACUAUUGUUGUUGUUGAAAACGAGGUUUACAUUGGUACGAGUUUCGGCUGUCUUAUCAUCUGCGAAAGCAUGUCGCUUACUCCGUUGCAGUCAAUCCGGUGCUACGCUGAACGCCUCGACUACAUCAUUCCACUUCAGAUGAUGCUUAACAGUAGAGGUAACACUGGAAGACAUAAAGAGAGAAUGUUGUUGUGUAGUGGACGUGCAUGCUUGGAUAAAUGGAAUAAAGGCAAAAAUACGAGGCAGUCUAACAGCAGUAAUUGCACGAUAUUGUCCUGGUAUGUGGACCGCUGGACAGAUUAGAAGAGCUUGCCUGAAUCCUUAUCUGGAAGUUAUGACCAAGGCAUCCGAAUUUUCGAUACAAACACUUACGAAGCAAAUAGAAUAUAGACUACGGGAAUCGAAGCUUUUAGUAGUAGAUUUGGCGAUUUUACUUGAUAGUUGUAAUCACUUAGAGAAUAAAGAACAAGUGAGACAUUUAGCAUGCGUAACAUUUUUAUCCAUUAGAAGUCCUAUUAUUUCAAUUUCCUUAAACCAAAGUAAACUCUAUCAAGACUUGAGGCUCAAAAUUAAUGCUGCCAGCUUUGUUCGUGAAGACAACCCUCGCCUCUCAGAAAGUAAGCAGUUUCCAAAUUGACUUAAUGAAAACGUCAAGCCUUGGGGUUCUCUUUAACCCUUCAACAUGCCAAUACAUGAACAGGGACGCUGGAAAAGGGGGGCGCGGGGGGCAACCGCCCCUGUUGCCCUUUGAUAAUAGGGGCAAAAAGGGCCAUAGUGACCUUUUAUUAAUGUGCCCUUGAAGCC